AUGGCGGCCCUGGAGCGCUGGGUGUCCGGGCAGCUGCAGGAGCUGCUGGGCCUCAGCGCCCGCCACGUCCCCGCGUUCCUGGUGGCGCUGGCGCGGCGCAGCCGCAGCCCGGAGGAGCUGCUGGAGCGGCUGCGCGAGACCGAGGCCCUGCGCGUGGAGGAGCCGCGCGUGCGCGAGUUCGCGAGCCAGCUGUGGGACAAGGUGCCGCGGGAAGCCCCCCGGGAGCCCCCCGGGCGCGCGGCCGAGCGAGCGGCGCUGGAGCUGCAGCGGCAGAACCGCGGCUACCGAUUGGUGGAGAGCGACGAGGAGGGGCCGGGCCCCGCCCAGGACCACGCCCAGGACGAGCCACGCCCCCGGCGGCGCCACCUGAGGCGACGGCGCCGCUCCGAGUCCCCCCCCGAGGCCCCCGCGGCGUCCCCGCCGCCCCCACCAGCCGGCGAGGCCCCCGAGGAGCCGGAGGAGGAGUGGGAGGCGUCGGAGCGGGAGCGGCUGCGGGACCUGCGGGAACGCGACGCCUUCGCCGAGCGGCUGCGGCGCCGCGACCGCGACCGGGGCGCCCGCGGGGACAGCAAGAUCCCCGAGCUGCGGAAGCGCUCCCGCCGGGAGUACCUGGCCAAGCGUGAGCGGGAGAAGCUGGAGGAGCUGGAGCUGGAGAUCGAGGACGAGGAGCGGCUGUUCGGGGAGGAGACGCUGAGCGCGGCCGAGCUGCGCGAGCUGCGCUACAAACGGAGCCUGCGUGACCUCGCCCGCGACUACAAACGGGCCGGGGAGAGGGAGCAGCUGGAGAGGAGCGGCAGAUAUCACAUCCCCGAGGAGACACGGGACGGGCGGCAGUCUCUCCAGGACAGCCGCCGCUCGCUGCCCAUCUUCCCGUUCCGCCAGGAGCUGCUGGCGGCCGUGGCCCAGCACCAGAUCCUCGUCAUCGAGGGGGAAACGGGGUCGGGGAAAACCACCCAGAUCCCCCAGUACCUGCACGAGGAGGGCUACACGAGGGGGGGGAUGAAGAUCGGGGUGACGCAGCCGCGGCGCGUGGCCGCCAUGAGCGUGGCAGCCAGGGUGGCCGUGGAGAUGGGGACAAAGCUGGGCAACGAGGUGGGGUACAGCAUCCGUUUCGAGGACUGCACGUCGGAGCGCACGGUGCUCAAGUACAUGACGGACGGGAUGCUGCUGAGAGAGUUCCUGACAGAGCCUGACCUGGCCUCCUACAGCGUGAUCAUGGUGGACGAGGCGCACGAGCGCACGCUGCACACGGACGUGCUCUUCGGCCUCAUCAAGGACAUCGCGCGCUUCCGGCCGCGCCUCAAGGUGCUGGUGGCGUCGGCCACGCUGGACACGGAGCGCUUCUCCGCCUUCUUCGAGCACGCGCCCGUCUUCAGGAUCCCCGGGAGACGCUUCCCCGUCGACAUCUACUACACCAAGGCCCCCGAGGCCGAUUACCUGGAGGCCUGUGUGGUGUCGGUGCUGCAGAUCCACGUCACCCAACCCCCUGGGGACAUCCUGGUGUUCCUCACCGGCCAGGAGGAGAUCGAGGCGUGCGUGGAGCUGCUGCAGGAGCGCUGUCGCCGCCUGGGCUCGCGGCUGCCGGAGCUGCUGGUGCUGCCCAUCUACGCCAACCUCCCCUCGGAGCUGCAGGCGCGCAUCUUCCAGCCCACGCCCCCCGGCGCCAGGAAGGUGCGCUGGCCCUUUAAGGGAGGGCGGGGCGUCGGGAGGAGGGCGGGGCUUACCCCCCGCACCGGCAUGGAGUCACUGGUGGGGACACCCUGCUCCAGGGCCUCAGCCAAUCAGCGCGCAGGCCGCGCCGGCCGCGUGGCUCCCGGGAAAUGUUUCCGUCUCUACACGGCCUGGGCGUUCCAGCACGAGCUGGAGGAGACGGCGGUGCCCGAGAUCCAGAGAGCCGACCUGGGAUCACUGGUGCUGCUCCUCAAGAGCCUGGGGAUCAACGACCUGAUCCACUUUGAUUUCCUGGACCCGCCCCCCCACGAGACGCUGGUGCUGGCGCUGGAGCAGCUCUACGCCCUGGGGGCCCUGAACCACCUGGGGGAGCUCACCACGCUGGGCCGGCGCAUGGCGGAGCUGCCGGUGGAGCCGAUGUUGGCCAAGAUGAUCCUGGCGAGCGAACAGUACGGCUGUACGGAGGAGGUGCUGACGGUGGCCGCCAUGCUCUCGGUGAACAACGCCGUGUUUUACCGGCCCAAGGACAAAGUGCUCCACGCCGACAGCGCCCGCGCCGCCUUCGGGGUCCCCGGCGGGGAUCACCUGGUGCUGCUCAACGUCUACAACCAGUGGGUGUUGAGCGGUCACUCCCUGCAGUGGUGUUACGAGCACUUUGUCCAGGCGCGUUCCCUGCGCCGCGCCCGCGACGUGCGGGACCAGCUGCAGGGGCUGAUGGAGCGCGUGGAGAUCGCGCCGAGCUCCUGCGGGGGCAACCUGGACCUGGUGCGCAAGGCCAUCACCGCCGGGUUUUUCUACCACACGGCGCGUUUGGCGCGGGGCGGGUACCGCACGGUGAAGCACCAACAGCCGGUGUUCAUCCACCCCAACAGCGCCCUGUUCUCGCUACAGCCCCGCUGGGUGCUGUACCACGAGCUGGUGUGCACCUCCAAGGAGUUCAUGAGACAGGUGAUGGAGAUCGACAGUACCUGGCUGCUGGAGGUGGCCCCUCACUAUUACCAGGCCAAGGAGCUCGAGGACGGCAGCGGCCGCAAGAUGCCAAAAAAAACCGGGAAAACGCGGGAGGAGCUGGGCUGAGCCCGGCCCGGGGACACCUGGGGACACCUGGGGACACACCUGGGUGUACCUGCAGCACACCUGGACCUGCCCUGGGCACACCUGGAGCACACCUGGGUGUACCUGGGCACACCUGGGUGUACCUGGGGACACGUGGAGCCACACGUGGGGACACCUGGGUGUACCUGGAGCACACCUGCACACAGCUGGGUGUACCUGGAGCACACCUGGACACAGAUGGGUGUACCUGGAGCUGCCCUGGAGCACACCUGGACACAGCUGGGUGUACCUGGAGCACACCUGCACACAGCUGGGCGUACCUGGUCACACCUGUUCACACCUGGUCACCCCAAUACAGCCCCGGUUUACUUCC